CUCUUUUUCAUGAAAAAUUAUCUAUGUGAAGAUGAAUCCCAGAUGCCAACUAUUGAUUAUAUAUAUGAAGAAUUUCGAAAGGAAGUAUAUUAUCAUACUUAAAUUUAAGUUUGAUACAAUACUCAACAAAUGCUAAGCCUUUGAUCAUUGUACCUAUAUUAUAGAUUACUACUUUAAUUUUAAAACAGGACUUAAAGAACAAAUAUAAAAACUUGAUCCAAACACAAGAGUAAUCAAUCUUUUAAACUUAGUUAUCUUAAUAACUAUGCUAAUUAGACGAUAUCUCAGAAAAAUCAAUUGAAAUUAUCAAUAUGCUAAAUGAAUAUGAAGAAUGUAAGAUAUCAUCCAAAUAUCUUAGACCGGUUUCCUUCUAAAGUUCAAGCAAUUAAGUCUUUUAAAUCCUUUGCACCAAAAGAACCUACUAAGAAGAAAACAGUGAAAUUGUGCGUAAGUGUUACGAUUGAAGAAAAUUAUGCAAAUCCUUAAAAUAAUUUAAGAAACAGUCAAUUAUAAGUAAUUUAAGAAGAGAACCAUAUAGAUGAUGAAAUUAUCCAAAAUCAAUUUGAACAAGAAAUUGUUGAAUCUGAAAUUCAUUUGAAAAAUAAGUUUAAUCAACAAAAAGAAAAAAUAAUCAUAGAUCCUGAAUAAGAGGAAUUAAAUCUAAUAGAUUUGAGAAUGUAACAUGCUAAAAAUCUGUAUCAGGAAGCAUUAUUGGAUGAAGCCUUGGAAAUCACAAAGGAUAUUUAUUUAAAGUUAAAUUAUAAGUAAGCUUAAUGGUUCAAGGAGAAAAAAUAUUAAGAAUUCUAUGAAGAUUUAGAAGAGAAAAAAAUGAUACUCACUUAAAAUCUAAAUGAAUUAGAAUCAGGUGGAUGGAGAAUAGAAAAACAAAGUCAAAAUUUAAUAAUUAAAUAUAAACUUUUCGAGGAAGAAUAAACAGUUACUGUUUAUUUAGACUCUGUGUUUGAAGCCAAUAUAACAAAAUUAAUGGCGUUGAUUAAUGAAAUAGAUUUAUAUUAGAAUUAUGUUCCAUUUUGUCAAAGAUCUUCAAUGAAUAAAUAAUUGAGUAAAACUUGUAAAAUUUGUGAUAUAUUGGUCUAUUUUCCAUUUAUUUCAGAUAGAAGAGCUGUAUUUGUUGGAGAAGGAAUUGAUAGACUUAUGAUAAAUGGAACAAUAGUAUUUGUUUGUAAAUCUAUUGAUCAUAAUAUUGAAUAUCAAUAAAAACAUGAUAUUAAAUUUUAAGCAAAUAAAAAACUAGUUAGUUUAAUAAUAAAUUACUAUAUAUUUGAAUUGACUCCUAUAAAUGAUAAUAAAUGUAGAGUACGUGCAAUAACUAAUUCAAAUCCUUAGGUUAAAUAUCUUCCUAAUUAGCUUAUUGGAUAUUUGGCCAGAAAAGUAAUUAAAUUAUAAUAAAAAUUUUAGAUGGCACAUGAAUUAUUUGAAAGGAUGGAAAAGAUAACUAAGAAUUUUGAGAAAUCUCCUUGGUUUGAAAAAUACAAUUAAAAUAUAGAAUUUUAUUAGUGGAUUGACUAGAAAGUAUAGAAAUACUUUGAAUUACGUUAAAAAUGA